AUGGCGCCAUCAUCAAAUGCGGUGUCACCGCUGAUGCCGCGGUCCCCUUCAAAUAUGAAUGCCAAUUUGUCACCAUCAAAAGCGAAGUCCCUCGCCAUGAGAAAAUCAAUCCCGAAACCUCCACUACCACCAGCACCUUCACCUUCCCACAGACAACCGGCUGACGUUGAUAUGGCGGAGAAAAUGAACGAAGAAAUCAGCAGCAAGUACGUCAAAGGGAAAAAGUUGGGUGAAGGUACCUACGCCAUUGUAUACAAAGGCCACCUAAGAUCAGAUCCGACGAAACUUGUAGCGAUCAAGAAGUUCAAGGUCGAUCCUUCGCAGCAGAGGGAGGGACUCAAUGUCGACACGAUCCGUGAAAUCAAGUAUCUGCAGGAGAUCUCGCAUCCGAGCAUUGUCGCCCUGCUCGACGUCUUCUCCUCAAAAGACCAGAACAUCAACAUGGUCAUUGAAUACUUCCCCAAUGGCAACCUCGAAGAGCUGAUUCGAGACAAGUCUGUGAGUUACGGUGCUGCUGAUGUGAAAGCGUGGAUGGGGAUGUUGUGUCGGGCAAUCUACUAUUGCCAUUCCAAUUUCAUCCUUCAUCGAGACAUCAAGCCAAACAACUUACUCAUUGCGGCUGACGGAGAAGUCAAGCUUGCCGACUUCGGUCUCGCGCGUUCAUUUGGAGACCCACGGUACCAGAUGACGUCCGCAGUAAUCACACUUUGGUACCGGCCUCCUGAGCUGCUGUUCGGCGCGAGGCAGUAUAGUGGUGCAAUUGACAUCUGGAGUAUCGGUAUGGUCUUCGCAGAGCUGCUGAUACGCCGACCUUACGCUGCCGCCGACGUAGCCAACCAGGAAGUCCUAGCAACCGGUGGUGGAACUGUUGCUCAGCUCGACAAGAUCUGCGAGGCGGUAGGGACGCCCAACGAGGAGAACUGGCCUGGCGUCUCCAAGCUGAAAGACUACUUCGAUCUGGACAAGAAAAUACCCGUCCGGGACAAGACGUUCUACAUGCAGAUGUUCCCUACAGCAGGGUCUGUGGGUGUCGACUUACUCAUGGCCAUGUUGAAGCUUGACCCAAGAAAGAGAGUCACCGCUAGAGGAGCAUUGGAACACGUAUGGUGGACGAUCGAUCCACGCCCCACCAGCAAAGAGAAUUUGCCCAAACAAGGUGGUGGUGAUUCGAAAAUGGGUGCUUCCGAGGCGGCUGCUCCUGGGUUUGUAGUUGAUGAGAGUAAAUUCAAGGGUGUGGCGAAGAAACUCGAUUUCGGCGCUGCACGAUAA